UUGCCUCCAUUUUGACAUAGGGCAAAGUGAGGCGGAAGAGGUCGAGCCUCGACCACUUGACGGGAACCAGGAGACGGAAAAGACCUAAAGGAAGCGUGAAGGAAGCCGGCGGAGUUGCGCGGUGAAGCUGAAAGACAGAAGGGUGAGCAGGUUCAGUAAUACAUCUUGGGGAUGGCAGAGCACAAGAUCUCUCCUGGCCAGCAAGUGGCUGUGGUUUGGGAUAGCCACUCCUCCCCUGAGGCCCUCCAGAAUUUCGUGCAGAACAUUAAGGCUGCUGUCGGAGCCGAGGGCCGUGUAUCGGUAGAAAAUCUCAACCAGCUACUCCAGUCAUCCCACAGAGAGUCGAGUUUUGAUACGGUCCUGUCAGGUCUGGUACCCGGCAGCCUGACGGUGCAUAGUGCAGAAGUGUUGGCUGAAAUAGCUCGGAUUGCCAAGCCUGGCGGUCAUGUGGUUUUGAAGGAAGUGGUGACAGCAGAAACAGGCAACAACAGCCAGCUCAAGGCCAUAACCAAGCUCCACACAGCUCUGACAUUCUCUGGACUGGUAGAAGUGAAGGAGUUGCAGAAAGAGCCUUUAACGUCUGAACAAACAAAGGCUAUCCAGGAGAGGCUAGGAUCACAGAGCAACGAACUCUUCUCGGUUGAAAUAGAAGGCAAGAAGCCCAACUUUGAAGUGGGUUCUUCGAGUCAACUCAAACUUUCGUUUGUCAAGAAACCCGUUUUGCCUGAAAAACCAGCUGUGGAUCCCACCGCUGCAAAGCUCUGGACUCUUUCUGCCAACGAUAUGAAUGAUGAGGAUUCAGAUCUACUAGAUUCAGAUGAGCUGCUGGAUUCUGAGGAUUUGAAGAAGCCAGAUCCUGCUUCCCUGAAAGCCCCUUCCUGCAAGGAAUCCGGAAAGAGGAAAGCCUGCAAGAACUGUACGUGUGGCCUUGCUGAAGAGCUAGAGAAGGAGGAGAAGAAGAACUUGAAGCCAAAAUCUGCCUGUGGAAGCUGUUACCUGGGGGAUGCAUUCCGCUGCGCCAGCUGCCCUUACCUGGGCAUGCCAGCCUUUAAACCCGGGGAGCAGAUCCUCCUGAAUGAGAACAAUCUACACGAUGCCUGAAAAGGGGACAAUACCAGAGCCUCCUUUGAGCGCACAGGUGGCAGGCGCCUUUCAGGCUCCUUGUUCUGCUGGCAAAGCUCAAACAUAAAGGGACUUCACAGGGCAUUCGGAAGGCUGUCCGACCAUUGUGUGCUAAAAAAAGGGGCAAUUUGAAUUCCAGAUUGGCUUCCAUGUAGCAGAUGCGUCCUCAACGUAUAGUUGUGAGCAUUAGUGGUUCUUAACACCAAGGCACUGGCCAUCAUGAUGUGCCCACUAGGUAGCAGGGCUGUCUGUCUGUAGUGAUAGUUGUCCCCGUAUUUACCCGAAACCUCUAUGGCAGCACCAGCUUUUGCCCCAUCUUGCUGAGCCACCAUCCCAUUUUUUGUGUAUGUCCCAAACCUAGAACUGCAAAGCAUAAUUAGAAGAAGGGUAGGGAACAGUUGUGCAUAUAAGACCUCACAACGAGUGAGCAUAUUUUCACUCCGUAUUCCCUCCUGACGCAAUAGGGGGAUCCGGAAUUAAAGUUGUGAACAGAGCUCUCUGACUCCCGUCUGUCUCUUCUGGAAUAUUCCAUCCCCCUUCAGUCGAUGUUGCGAUUUAACUUGUGAAACAACUACUGCAAAAGGUGGUCCAAAGGGGAAAAAAAAGUAUUUCACCAUUCAAGUAUUGCUCUUUCUUUGCAUAAUUGGCUCUUUUGCCAGUUUUUCUCUCUGUUAUUGGUGCAGCCUUUCUGUUUUCUCCAAAUUUAUUCUGAACCAGGUGCGUUGAAAUCGACCGGCUUAGGUGAGAAUAAUUCUUCAUAGGAUUUAUGCUGUAAAAACCAUUACCCCAGUUAUCUUAACCAGGGUAGUUAACCAAGAUGGUUGUUUGACAUUGGUUGUGGUAUAGCCAAUAGCUGCUGCUGCUGCUGGGGAUUUCCUGCUGGUGGUGUGGGGGUGUGUGUGUGUGUGUUCAGUGGUGGGAGCCGAUUCCUUGGAGCGGGUGGGGUUAAGUUGUCCUGUUUUGUUGCAAAAAAGCAAUUGUUUUGAAUCUUUGCUUAGUGUGACUCAGUUGCAAUGAAUAAAAUAUACAACUGUUGCUGCCAA